CAAACAAAGUGAUACCUAUAUCAAAUUUAUUUUCAUCAUGUAGUCUAUCUUAAUCAAUGUAUUAGAGAUAUCGUAUUGUAAUGUCUCAACUCUUGAUAUGCAUUUUCAAAUGUCACAGAAAUGAAAUAACAAACGAUCAUACUUCGCGCAUGCGCAAUAUAGAAAAUUAAAAAUAUUGAAAAAAUUUUAUAAUUAUUAUUUCCUCUGAAAAAUAUGUGAUCUUAUACGUGUAUUAUCGAUUUAAUCUUUCAAAACGUAGUACAGACGUGAUAAUGCUUACAUAAGGAGACGUAUUAUACCGUAAAGAUGAGCCGUAUAAGGCUUCCACGUCAGAAGUCACUCAUAAUGCCAGAGGUGAAAAAUCCAUUUGUGCACAAAAUCCACCUCACAUGGCUAGACAAAAUCAGGAUUGCACUGAUGACAGUAACUGUGUUUCCGAUACGUGUGAUACUAAUAGUUUUACUGCUAUUGCUCGCUUGGCCAUUGGCAGCUGUUGCGAUUGCAUGUCGCAAUCAAGAAGGGAAAAAAGAGCCUAUGGCCGGUUGGAGGAGUAUUUUAACACUUACAAUCGUCACAGUUUGGCGAUUGGUGUUCUUUGUAGGGGGGUUCCAUUGGAUAUCUCUGACGGGAAAAUUGGCACCAUUGGAAGAAGCACCCGUUUUAAUUGCAGGGCCACAUAGUUCGUAUUUUGAUGCCCUGCCGCUAGUUAUAUGCGGUGGCCCUAGCAUCGUCACUAAGUCCUCCAAUAUUAGCAUUCCAGUGUUCGGAACUUUGGUAGAGUUCACCCAACCAGUGUUAGUCUCAAGAGAAGAUCCUGAUUCAAGAGCAAAUACGGUACGAGAAAUCAAGAAACGUGCACAAUCGGAAGGAAAAUGGCCGCAGAUCAUGAUCUUCCCAGAAGGCACUUGUACAAACAGGACGUGUCUCAUAAACUUCAAACCAGGUGGUUUUUACCCUGGAGUGCCAGUUCAACCAGUGUGUAUACGUUAUCCAAAUAAAUUAGAUACAAUAACAUGGACUUGGGAGGGUCCUAGUGCUCUAAAGAUCAUAUAUUUGACACUAUGCAACUUUCACAAUAGCAUAGAAGUAGAGUUUCUACCAGUUUAUAAGCCUAAUCAAGAAGAAAGAGAAAAUCCAAAACUUUUUGCAGAAAAUGUCCGAGAGUUAAUGUCUGAGUCAUUAGGAAUUCCAGUGACUGAUCACACAUACGAAGACUGUAGGCUUAUGAUGUAUGCAGAGCGCCACAAUGUCCCAGCCGCCAUGGGUCUUAUAGAGUUUAGAAAAAUAAGCAAGAAAUUAGGAUUGGACUUUGACAAUCUCAAAGAACUUUUGAAUCAGUUCAUCAGCAUAUGUAAAAACAAGGAACACAUCACAAAGGAGGAGUUUGCAGAGUAUCUUGGAGUGCCUAUCUCUGAUACACUUACACAAAUGUUUGAUAUGUACGAUAGGGAUAGGUCAGGAACAAUUGACUUUAGGGAAUAUGUGAUAGGACUUUCUUUGAUCUCACAACCUGCUAACACAGAUGAAACUUUGCAGUUGGCUUUCAAGCUAUUUGAUAGCAAUAACAAAGGGUAUAUCACGGAGGAGGAACUCAAUGAUAUUUUGUACAAUGCUUUUGAGAUGGAUAACAUCGACUCAGCCAACCUCUUCACGCAGGUUGACAGUGACAAAGAUGGGAAAAUUACUUAUGAUGAAUUUUACCAUUUCGCAAAAGAGAAGCCAGAAUAUGCUGCCCUCUUUAUGACAUUCCGUCAACUACAACAACGUGCGGUUGCCGAAGAUCCAGACGUCAUCAAUGGAAAAAUUUCAAAUGGUUCAUCAAAAAAUGGGACUAAAUUGAAGGACGAAUGACAGGGUGCGACUCAGAAUUCCUCAACACAAAAUCAAACCGCAAUGAAAGAAGUAGAAAUUGUAGAUGUAUGAAUGUAUUGUUUCAAAGAAAAAUAUUUCAACCACGAUAGAACAUAAAAAGAAGUAAAGUGGAACACCUCUGGAAAGGAACACAUCGAAGUUCUUUUACCUAUUAACUUUAAUGUUAAAGGAGAACCCUCAGCAGGUAGAACAUGCUGACAUGUAUAGCACUAUUUUGAGAUACCAAAUGUGUUUUACUAUACAUCACUGUUAUGUAUGUUUUACUAUACAUCACUGUUAUGUAUGCAUUUACAAUUGAGAAAAAAUUGCAUCGAUUCAUUUUGAAUUAAUGUUAUUUGUUGAUGAUAUAUAUUUUUAAUGGCAGUCAAUUAUAUUUAGAUAUUUGUUGUAUGUAUCUAGUGUCA